UUUUACAUCUGCAGGGAAGUUAAUAAUCUAUGUAAAAUGUUUGAAAAGAGGUGUUAUUUAAUUAUUGAAGGUUGGUCAGGCGACACUGUUUACCAUUCAUAUGAGAACAUUCACAUUUUUAAUAUUUCAAACGAGUGUAUAUAUAUUACUCUUACAUAUUUUAUUGCUAUACAAACUAAAGAAAAUGAAUUUUACAAGAUCUCUCUAGCAUUUUUUACUCGGGUUUCAUUUUCACUGCAUGGUUUAUAACCUUAAAGUUUGUGUUAACCUUAUGUGGAUGGAGUUAAGUGGCGAAUCUCACCUGUGUGACCGAAACAUUCCCUGUCGAUAUAUAGUAAAUCGAUAUACUUCGGUUGUUAGAACUUUCUUCAAUCAAAGCUUAUUGUUAGACAACUAAAUCGAAUCGUAUAAAUUUUUUAUCACUACGUUCACGAAAAAAAAAGCCGGAUGCGUUACUCAACACUUUUUACAAUGUAGCACAGCGAAUCGCGUUCAUCGAAAUAAUAUCUUUAAAAUAUUUCUUGGGCAUGGUAACUUAAAGAGAUGGGGCAGGCAAAAAGUAUCUUUGAAUGCUUCGGAACUCCGGAUUACAUUGUUUCAAUAAAAACCGGCGACACAAAAGGCUCCGGACUGCAUAACAGUGCUGAUAUAAUUCUUAUAAACGAAAAAAAUGAACACUCGAGAAAAAUUCAACUAUCCGGUUGUUGUGUUACAGUAUUUAAAAAAGGGAGAACAGACAACUUUAAAGUUCAAAAUUUAGCAGAUUUUGGAGAAAUUAAGCAAAUAAUUAUCGAGCAACACAGAGAUCAAAGUGAUGUUGAAUGGUAUAUCGAUAAGGUUACCAUCUGGAGGAAGAUCGAUGGUCUGCAGAUGGUUUUUCCUGUUCACAGAUGGCUACGAAACAACCGACCUCUACCUAUUAGUAAAUAUGAUGCUUGUCUACCUCAGUUUGAUCCCAACAUUAAACACAGAGAAAGCGAGCUGAACAUAAAACGUAUUAUUUACUGUUAUAGUAAAACGUCACAUCAUAAGCUGCCACAGAUGAACACUUUACCACGUGACGAAGUAUUUAGCAACUUUUACAAGUGGAACGUGACUCAGAAACGUGACAGCUUAUUUUCAAUCUACCGGAUUGUACCUAACUACGAGAAACUUGAAUCAUGGAAAAGCUUUGAAGAAAUAGAAAACUUGUUCAAAGAGAAAGGAAAAUUUCGCAGACCAGCAGUACUUAAUGAAGAUUGGAGGUCAGAUGCUCAUUUUGGACGUCAAAGAUUAUAUGGGUGCAAUCCCAGAAGUUUACAGCUUUGUAAAAGCAUUCCAGAAAAUUUUGCAGUUACCGAAGACAUGGUGACAGAAUAUUUAGAAAGCUUCAGUUUAAGUGAAGCGUUGGAACAAAAUAGAAUUUUUAUUGUUAAUCAUUCGAUUUUGGAUGGAAUUCUUGAUUCUGAGAAUAAUCAGAUUAUACCUUCACCAAUGGCGUUGUUUUAUCUGGACAGUUCAGAAAAUUUAAUGCCUAUUGCUAUACAGUUGUAUCAGGACAGCAAAAAGAGUCCGGUAUUUGUACCAAAUGAUCCAUGCAAUACGUGGUUGUUAGCAAAAAUGUGGUUCAAUAAUGCAGAUGCUACCUUUCAACGAGUGUGUCUAUUGUUUGUCUCAUCACAUUGGAUAUUGGGAUCGAUAACAUUAUCAAUUCAUCGAAAUUUAUCACCAUCACAUCCGAUAUUCCGAUUGUUAGCUCCGUAUAUACGUUUGGUACUAGCAAUUAACAAUUUUGAAGUACGUCAACUGACGGAUGUCGCAUGGGCUGAUCAAUUCAUGACAAUAAAAUCUGACGGCGUCGCUAAGCUGACGGAGAAAUAUUGGGAAAAGUACGACUUUAAAAAAAAUUGUAACAUCAACAAUGAAAUGGAAGUAAAUCAGGUUGGAACCAGUGAAGUGAUUGGAGAAUAUCCAUACCGUGAUGAUGGUAUGUUGUUACAUGCUUGCAUCAUGAAUUACGUUAAUGCGAUUGUAACAGGUUAUUAUGACACCGAUAAGAAGUUGCUUGAGGAUGAGGAGUUACAAAAUUGGGCUAAAGAGCUUGUCGAAGAGAACACAUGUGGAUUAAAAAACAUGUAUGGAGAUGGCAGUUUCUAUAACAAAGAAGAUGUAACCGAUCUUCUAACUUGCAUCAUCUACAAAGCAACAGUGGAACACGCUGCUCUCAACCUACCGUUAUACGACGAAGGAGCUUUUGUUCCAAAUUACCCACUUAUGAUGAGAGGAGAACCGCCCACAUCCAAAGAUGUGCUUACAGAAGCCGACGUGAUGGCAGCAAUUCCGACACGUCACGUUACUAUGGAGCUAGUCGUGAUUAACAAGGUCUUAAGUGAGCGAGACUCAAGUGGACUUGCUGACUCAAGAGCUAUUUAUCAAUAUGAUCCUAUCGCAGAGGAGGCCCGCAGCAAUUUUCGAAGAUCAUUGCACGAAGCUGCGCAAGUUAUUAACUUACGAAACAACAAUCGAACACGUGAUUACGAUUAUUUGAAUCCGAAAAGCGCGAGAGUUCAAGUGAUUUCAUCCUAGAAGAAACAACACAGAACAAGUCUAAAAAUCAGGGCCUGCGACAUGAAUUAAAAGGCAGAGGUUAAAUUUAUGAAAGCAUACAUCUGAAUUCGUAAUAUUCAUUUGGUUGGAAAAACCGAAACGUUCGGAAAUAAGGUUUUAAUAACUUUUAAAACAAUAUCAAAGUUUUUAUAACAUGCUGUUACUUAGAGUAAUACUUAGGAAAAAUAUAGAGUAGUGGCAGAAGAUGUCUAAGCUGCCUCCUCUUUUAUUGUCGCAGGCCCUGGAAGGCAUAUAUAGAUAGUUUUGUUGAGAAAAUGAGGAUCAGGUGUA